AUGACCGGUUCAUAUAAUAAUACAAUCAAAGUAUUUGAUCGACAAAAUCCAAUUGAAGGUUCAUAUAAAUUAAUUAUGCAAGAUGAAGAUACUAAUAAUACAUUCCAUGAUUUAUUUCGUACAACUGCUGCUACUACUACUACUGAUGAUAAUAAUAACAGCAGUAGUAGUUCAGUAUUUAUCACACCUAUCAUUUCAACAUCAUCAUCAUCAACAUCUGGUGAUAGUGGUGGUGCAGAAUUAUUACCAUGGCCACGUAGAAUACACGAUGAUCUAAUUGAUAUGAAUGAGAAUUUGCCUAAAACAUCAUUUUCCGAUAAUAAUAGCACUAACAAUCAUCCUAAUAUUAAUGAGUCGUUAUUCACUGUAGAUGUUGGACGUAAAUGGUUACAAGUGAGUUGGAAACCAUGGUCUACUAUAGCUGCUGUCAGUCAUACAGAUGGUAUACACUUAAUUGAAGCAAUAUAAAACUUGAAUUGGUGCAAUUUUCUUUUGUGUAUACAUAUAUAUAUAUAUAUAUGCGUGUGUGUGUGUGUGUUUGUGUGUGUAUGUUUCAAACUUUACAUUCCUUGUGUUUCGCAUGUUUAUUUGCCAACCUCUCGCAUCUCUCUCUCUCUCUGUGUGUAUGUUUGACUGCUUUUGGUGUUGAUUAUUAUUAUUUUUCUAUAGAAGAAAUAAGAUUUUUACAAAUUUAAUUGGCCUUAUACAACACACUGAUGAUAAUGAUGAUAACAAGAGAGAGAUAUUUCCCGACUCAUAAAAAAUGACUUGCUAUUUGUUUAUUAUUUCUCUUCCAGUUUUUUUUUUAAAUUACUCCAACAGAGAUAGUCCAUUGCAGAUGAUAUUCUGUUGUACGCUUAGUGUUUGUUGUGUGUUCUUCCUUCCUUUUUGAUAUCCAGCUCCUUCCUUCCUUCCUUCGUUAAUUUGUUCUCUUGUCUAUGCUACUACUUACGAUCACACUACUGUGGACAAGUGUUUUCAAACAGACUAUUCAUUAAACUGCAGACUUCCUUCCGCCUUUAUCAGUAAGUGCUAAUAACUACUCCAACAACUACAGUAACUACAAGUGUGUACUUCAAGUUUGUAUGUCUCAGUUCCUGUCAGUCAAUCCAAUCAAUCAAUCAAUUUGUUAUUCAAUAGUUAGUCAUAAACAUACACUAGGAAAAAAGAGGUACUCAUGCACACACAUACACACAUGCACACACACACACACACGUAACAUAUGCUUUGAUUAAUCAAUAAUUAGCUUAUUCUAUUGUUUGUUUUUUUUCUAUUCUCAUUCAUUUCAUUACUUACUACUAUUUUGGAUAUUUUGUGUGCCAAAUACAUUGAUGCAUAUAUAUAUAUAUUUUCAAUGUUUCUUCUAUUCAUUCAUCAUCAUUAAAAUUAUUCACAUUGCCCCUAGAUUAUACAAUUUCUAUGUACAUCAUUAUAAUAGAAGAAUUCUGUGCUGCAUUAUGUAUAUGUGCACAACACACUUUAUAUUAAAAAAAAAAUCAACGAAAUUAACUUUUUAACAAACAUUUCCAAGGAGGAAUUGAGCUGGAUCGUGGUGAGACAGGACAGCGAGUAGAUAGGUAGACAGAUAGAUAGAUAGACACAUACAUAGUUGACCAACUUACCAUCUAUCUUCUCUCUCUCUCUCUCUCUUUAACCUUUCAAUUUUGCUUGUUCAUUCAUUGGCUUAUUUUGCUUUUUCACUGGAUCGAUCACCCCACACACACACACACACACACAAUGAUCAAUAGUGCUCUAUCAUUGAUGACACAUUGACAUGUUAUCAUGAAAAUGAUGAUGAUGAUUAGUAUUCUAAAUGUUAUCAAAAUAGAUUUUUUUUUUUAAAAUUUCUUUUGGUGUUUUCUUUUCUCUUCGCUUCGUUUCUUUUCUGUUUCUUUUUUUUCUUUUGUAAUUUCUAGAAUCGAUUUUCUGUACUUAUUAUUAUUAUUACUGUUAUUAUCAUGAUCAGAAUUUGAGUGAAAAACAAAAGUUUUACUAUUGUGGAUUA